CGGCUGCGUCUGCUUUGCGGUAUGGCACACAUGGCAGCUUAGUAGGUCGAGUUCUUGAAAGCGAAACCAUCGAAGUAGUCUCGAAUAUAUAAGCUGUGUCGUCAUUCCGACCAUCGUACAAAAAGGGAAACAUGGAAAUCCCAACGCCAUCGGACGAAGCUAGCAAAACGAGUGGAAUUGAGAGCGUCCGCACUUCGAACGAUGUCCUUUCAUUACAAGACUCGGAACAAACCGAUGUCACAGAUUUCCCGACCCCGUCUGAAGGCAGUGUAAUCACGCCGGAUGCUUCAAUGAUCAAUUUCUUCCACUUCGAAGACGAUUUUGGUGACGAACUCGACACCCGAGACCUAGUCGUUCGGGUAGACAACCCCGAAAAGCACUCCAGCACGCUUGACUCUUACGUCACCUUUAGGAUUACUACAAAAACGACGAGGAGCGACUUUGAUGGACACGAGUACAGCGUUAGGAGAAGAUACAACGAUUUCUUUUGGUUGAAACAAAAACUGGAACAGGCUCAUCCAAGUUGUAUUAUUCCCCCCCUUCCAGAGAAGUACGCACUUCAGCAGCUGCAGCGGUUCACACAGGAGUUUUUGCGGUCGCGCAUGAUCGGGUUGCACCAGUUCCUGAACCGGGUGGUUGAACAUAAGGUGCUCUCAAAGGACGAAAACCUCAAGGUUUUCCUCACAUCUAAACCUUACGAAUUUGUGGCGCACCGCAAGAAAGACAGUGUGGGCCUGGUUGGCCGUGUGUCGGACACUAUCCAGAGCCUGGCCACGCCUUACCUGCUGCGCUCGCAGCCUCCUCCGGAAGAGUUCCAAGCGGCUUCUCAAUAUGCGACGUUGCUGGGCGAUAAACUGGCCUGCACGGAGAGGAUUGCACAGCGCAUCUCGAAAGAAGAACAAGAGCACGUGCUGGAGUUGAACGAGCUUCAAGCAGCUUUCACACUAUGGGGAGCUUCGGAGAGUGAACUCGGGCCUGGACUGUGCGCACUUGCAACAGCUCUCGAUAAGUGUGCGUCAGCUCAGCAGGAAGUGACUGAUCUGUUUCAAACAAAACAGGCUCCUAUACUACACGAACAGUUGUUGCAGGUUGAGUCAGUAAAGGAAGCCCUAAAAAGGAGAGACUCUGCUCAAACAGAAUACGAGCUGACCGCCGAUGCCCUGAGUAAGAGGAAACAGGAGAGGCAGCAGUUGGAGACGUCGGGUCCAGGAUUCUCCAUUAAUGUCCUGCUCGGCAAAAGUGCAGAGAGCACCAAGAAAGAUCGUGAACAGAGGUUGGAUGAUGUCAUAGAGCAGCUCACACGAAGCGUCGAAGAAAGUCACCUGGUCCAUCAGAACAUGAACGUGGAGCUCAAAGAAGAGAUGGAAGAAUGGAACACAUCACGACAGAAGGACAUCAGACAGGUGUUCCUCGGUAUGGCUGAUCAACGUAUAAACUAUUAUCAAAGGUGUUUAUCGGCGUGGGAAGCCGCCCUGUCCGAACUAAGAACCAAAGGCUCAUCAACCACAUAGAACUGUUAUGUGCCAAUGGAAGCUAAUUGCGGAAGGAACUCUCCAGUCAGUGGCCAAGGACAAACAUUUGCUAUUGACUCUCUCUUACAAUGUGCAUCCCAUCCUGCACAAUUUACAGUUAUAUUGAACCCCCACAUUUUACAAUUUAGCCGGUGUUACAGGGGAAAUGUAUCAUACGUGUUACUUUUUGUUUGGUGCUGUCAGAUUAUUGUUGCGUUGAAAUUGUGUUGUGUUGAAAAAAGCUUUUAACUGCCAGUGCUUCAAAAAGCUCUACUACCACUUCUGAAGUUUGUCCAAAUUGGUUCCUAGAGGUAACAUACCCCCCUUUUGGGGGGGGAUUUCCAACAUUUGAAAGAUUUUGGCAGCUGAAAUGUUGCAAGAGUGCUUUUUAUAGCGAAUCAAACCAAUAAAAUCACUGCUCAAGCAAUUAGGAAGGGGAUAACAUUUUAAAAUACGUUUGUCACACUGCACUUCUGAAGGAUUUUUUGUUUUCUCUGCACUGUGAUCACAUUCCAGUUUUGGUGAUGGAGUUAAUUUUUAUGAUACAUAUUCAGUUGCGUUCGGAUAUAUUUAUUUCGAGGAUGCCGACAAUUUAAUCCGGAAGUUCCGGUGGACUACAAGAGGUGGUUGAUAUUAUGUUAGUUUUCUUUUAACUAUACUUUGCACCAGCGUGUGUUCGAGCGAAUGAUAAGCGAGAUAACUAUGUACAGUGUCAGUACGGUUCCAGGAUAGCCACGAUGUUGUCAUGCUAUGUUGUAUGUGCGAUUAAAAGGAUGUAUGUGUGUGUGUGU